GGGCGUGGCCCGGCCGUCCUCGCGUGGCGGGAAAAGCGGCUUCUCGAACGUUUGGAGGCGUUGGUUCGGCGGCUCUGGCCAUGGCUUCGCCGCCGGAGGAGCGAGCGGCCCCCGAGCCCGCCGACUCGGGCGGGCCGGCGCAGGGGCCCGGCGGCUCGGCGAGCAGGGAAGACCGCGUGGCGCUGCUGCUCAGGCUUCGAGAACAGACAAAGCAACAACUCCGGGAAUAUAAAGCCAUGCUUGAUGCACGUGAAGAGAAAACUCCAGAAAUCAUGCAAGAACAUCAAAUCGAGGAGAAAAUUGAAGAACUGGAGAAUGAAAUUGAAGAGGUCAAGCUUGGUUUGGAAACGCAAAGUCUUGCAGUGAGCCGGAUACAAUGUGCAACUGCACUUAAAAGAAGCCUGGAGAAAAACGAUCCCAAAAAUAGUGGACUCAUGGAGGACAUGAAACAUGUGAUAAACCUACAUAAGUUGAUAAUAACGUCACAGAAGGAAUCUCGGAGUUUAGAGGAAAAACUACUUGAUAUUAGAAAGAAGAGAUUGGAAUUAAAACAGACGUCGGAAAGUAAGCUUUUAGAAAUACAGACCGAAAAGAACAAACGGAAAGAAGAUUUGGAGCGAGUGGAGAAUUCAGACAAGAUACAGAUGCUACGUCAGAACCUGCAGACGGAACUGCACAUCACCACGGUCAUCCAGCACGUAUUCCAGAACCUCAUCUUGGGGAGCAAAGCUAACUGGGCAGAGGAUCCCGCUUUGAAAGAAAUUGUUCUGCAACUUGAGAACAACCUCAACAUGAUUUGAUAAGAAUUUCGUUUUGGCUUGUUUGGGUUUUGUCUUUGUAUGUCAUUUAAAGAGAAGCAUGUCUUUGGAACUAU